AGUGAAACUCACACAGUCACUGGUAGUGAGAGGAGAAAUGGCUCAAAAAGGAGUUCAGCUGGACCGAGAAACCUUCUCUUGUUCCAUCUGUCUGGAUCUCCUGAAGGAUCCGGUGGGUCUCACCUGUGGACACAGCUACUGUAUGAAGUGUAUUAAGGCCCACUGGGAUAGAGAGGACCAGACGAGAAUCUACAGCUGCCCUCAGUGCAGGAAGACUUUCACACCGAGGCCUGAACUGGAGAAAAACACCAUGUUAGCAGCUUUAGUGGAGGAGCUGAAGAAGACUGGACUCCAAGCUGCCGCUGCUGAUCACUGCUAUGCUGGACCUGAAGAUGUGGCCUGCGAUUCCUGUAUUGGGAAAAAACUGAAAGCCUUCAAGUCCUGUUUGGUUUGUUUGGCCUCUUUCUGUGAGAAACACCUUCAGCCUCACUAUGAUGUACCUCCAUUAAAGAAACACCAGUUGGUGGAACCCUCCAAGAGCCUCCAGGAGAACAUCUGCUCUCGUCAUGAUGAGGUGAAGAAGAUGUUCUGUCGUACUGAUCAGCAGUCUAUCUGUUAUCUCUGCUCUGUGGAGGAACAUAAAGGCCAUGACACAGUCUCAGCUGCAGCAGAAAGGACUGAGAGGCAGAAGAAGCUGGAGGUGAGUCGACUGAACAUCCAGCAGUGGAUCCAGGACAGACAGAAAGAUGUGGAGCUGCUUCAACAGGAGCUAAAGGACAUCCACGUCUCUGCUGAUAAAACAGUGGAGGACAGUGUGGAGAUGUUUACCCAGAUGAUCCAUCUCAUCCAGAACAGAAGCUCUGAGGUGGAGCAGCAGAUUAGAACCCAGCAGGAGACCGAAGAGAGUCGAGUCAAAGAGCUUCAGGAGAAGCUGCAGCAAGAUAUCAGGGAUCUGGAGAGGAAAGAUGCUGAGCUGAAGCAGCUCUCAGAUACACCAGAUCACAGCCAGUUUCUCCACAACUACCCCUCAGUGUCAUCACUCAGUGAGUCCACACACUCAUCCAGCAUCAACAUCCGUCCUCUGAGACACUUUGAGGACGUGACAGCAGCUGUGAAAGAGCUCAGAGGUAAACUGCAGGGUGUCCUGAAGGAUACCUGGACAAACAUCUCACUGACAAUCACUCAGCCAGAUGUUUUACUGUCAGAACCAGAACCAGGACCAGGACUAGAACCAAAGACCAGAGCUGGAUUCUUGAAAUAUUCACGUCAAAUCACUCUGGAUCCAAACACAGCAAACGGAAACCUGUUAUUAUCUGAAGGGAACAGAAAAGUAACAUUUACACAUCAGCAACGGUCUCAUCCUCGUCAUCCAGACAGAUUCACUGGACAGCAGCAGGUCCUGAGUAGAGAGAGUCUGACUGGUCGUUGUUACUGGGAGGUGGAGUGGAGAGGACUAGUUGGUGUAUCAGUCGCAUACAAGAAUAUCAGCAGAGAAGGAAGUAGGGAUGAAGUUUUAUUUGGAUACAAUGACAAAUCUUGCGCAUUAUAUUGUUUCCAAGACAGUUAUAAUUUUUGGUACAACAAAAUCUACACUUCCAUCUCAGGUCCCCAGUCCUCCAGAGUAGGAGUUUAUCUGGAUCACAGUGCAGGUAUUCUGUCUUUCUACAGCAUCUCUGAAACCAUGACUCUCCUUCACAGAGUCCAGAUUACAUUCACUGAGCCGCUACACGCUGGAUUUUACAUUAAUCCUGAUGCAAGUGCUGAGUUGUGUGAAGUGAAGUAGGUAACUGAAGGUGCAGUGAGUCUGAUUGUGUCUUUGAUUCUUGGACUCAUUUAGUCUCCAUCAUUGUUGCUCACAGCUCAUUGUUUCAUUUCUACACCGCACAGAGAUCAGCUGUCAAUCGAACAGUGAGCGUCAGCACUCGUUGAUCUUCUCGUUUCUUCUUCUUUUCGUCUCUGACUUUCUUCCUACUUUCUUGACUAAAAUAUGACUUUGAUUUGUCUGGAUGUUUCCAGCCUAGAUGUUGUUUGUUCUCUCGGUCAGCAGAGAGGAUUUAUUUCACAGGACCAACAAGUGGAAAGUGUGAUUUGAUCCAGUUUGGAUGUGCAGACGUUUUGUUGAGUCCCGAUACACAUCAGACAGCAGAUGUUGUAAGGUUGUGGACUUGAUGUUGAUUUUCAUGAAGGUGAAACUUCCCCACAAUGCUGUAGUGUUGGUUCAGUGUGGAAGCAGCGACAAGUUGAGUCUGGUUUUAAAGUAUCAGGACACAAUAAGUGACGUUUGAUGGAAGUUUCUGUUGUUCCUGACAAGUUUUCUGACUCGUCACUGAAUCGCUGAGUGAUGCAGUUUUUACAGCUGAAAUAUUUAAACAUCAACAACAAACAGAAAAUGUGCAUCUGUGUCAGCUUCAGACAGGAAAUCAUUAAAUUCUUGGUUUAUUUUGAAAAUUUUAUUGUAAAUAUUUCCGUGUUUUCAUAUUUCAGUUUCUCAGAAACUAUUUUCCAAUUUAAAAUCUAUGUGGAAAUGUAACAGGAAGUGACUUUUAUUGUGUUUUAUUGUUUUGCUCUCAUUUGAAUUCAUGUUUAUUCAGUUCUAUGCUAGUGAUGCGUUUAAGGAACCAGCUGAGGUGAUGGAAAACUCAGCUUUCUAUUCCAAUGUACUUAAUGUUUCUUUGACAGAGAUAUGUACAGACUGUGUUGUAUUUGGGUUUAUUGUUUGAUUUUCUGGGGAAGUAUGAUCGUGUUUAUUCCAGUCAGUAGUCAUUUCAUUAGUCUCAGAUGGUCAUGUGUCAUUUUGUUGGUUUGUUUUGUUUCUAGAAUGUCGACAAACUUGUGAUUUGGCUUCAUGUUCAUCUGCAAAUAAAUAACGAUAUAUGA